AUGGCAAACGCAAUUGAACUUCUACCUGCAAACCUUCAGAACACUCUAAACCAGAUAGUGGAUCGGGUGAAUAAAGCAAAUGGCGGCAUCAAUGUUAUCCUACUGAGUACAGCAGAAGGCGUUCCACUAGGCCGUGUGUAUGCCGAUCGCAGUGCCCAGCUCAACGAAGAGGUCCUAGCUUCGAUUGAAAGCACCUGGGCUCCUGCAUCCAAACAAUUCUCUCUACUAGAUUUGGGAAAAGAAGCGAAGGUAGUCACAGCAAUAUACGAUCAUGGCACGAUACUUCAUGUUUAUGAGGCACCGGUGGUUGUAACGAUUUUGGUAGCUCAAAACGCAAACCUUGGAGCCGUUCGAUCGACUGCCAUCCCUCUGCUCAAAGAAGCUCUGCUACCCCUUUGCACAACUCUAUUGAACAGCUUGGCUCCACAAGAGGCGGAUCCGUCUUAUCCUGCUCAAGCCUAUUAUCAAUAA